AUGCCGUUACUUAGUGUCAUGCGGCUUCUGUUGCUGCAGCCGACGGGUUGACGUCUGGUUAGUUUCAAUUCGUAUUGAUGUAGUUGUUGGUCGUGUUAAACGGUUGCUCGUAUCCGACACCUAUUUCUUAUUAUAUAUUAUAAUGGGUACACCGGUCAACUCUUCGGCCAGUCGCAAGGUUGCUGAGGCUACGGAGGCACUGCGACAAGCUGAGAAAUGUUUAAAAACAGGCCUGCUGAAAUGGAAGCCAGAUUUCGACAACGCUGCAAGCGAGUUCAGUAGAGCAGCGACUUGCUUUAAAGCUGCGAAGUCUCUGGAUCAGUGCAAAGACGCCCAUCUCCGCGCAGCUGACUGUUACCUCAAGAAUGGAUCAUUCUUCGCUAGCGGCAAGCAGUUAGAACAAGCAGCACUGGUCAGCAGGGAUAUGGGUAACCUGCAGGCUGCAGCUGAGCUCAUUGAUAGGGCAUCUCGUUUGUUUAUUGACUCAAGAAGCCCUGACACGGCUGCAUUAGUUUUGGAGCGAGGGGCAAAAAUUCUUGAAGGCAAAUUUCCUGAAGUGGCUGUGGAAUUCUUCAACAGAGCAGCUGAAAUAGUUUCAGUUGAAGAUCGCCCAAGGCAAUCAGCUGAGUUCUGUGGCCAUGCAGUUCGUCUUCUGCUCAAGCUCUCUAGGUGGGACGAGGCAGCGGAAGCCGUAUCUCGGCAAAAGCAGCUCCUGACAGAAGCGCAGGAUGAACGAGCUGUUGGGCGCCUGGUGGUGGCACUGGUGCUUGUGCACUUGGCAAGAGAUGACUUUGUAGCAGCCAGCAAGGCCGUUGACCAUGAUGGAGGGUUUCUUGAAGCACAAGAACAGGACACCCUCUCGUGCUUACUGAAAGGAUACGAUGAAGGGGACCCAGAUAUGGUUACUCGUGCCCUCAAUGCACCCUUCCUCCGGCACAUGGAUACAGAGUAUGCCAAGUUGGCCAGAAUGCUUGGGCAGCAGGUAACAGAGUCUGCCAAGAAGACAGCCUCGGAGUCUAAGCCCAGCGCUGAGGCAAGAGAUGAUGCCAAGGAUGCAGACACUGGAACAGUUGAUAAACCAAACCGGGACCACCUUGAAGUUCCUGAUUCAACAACUGCUGGAGAAUCUGAUGAUGAAUAUGCUGGUGGUCUUCUGUAAGAAUGAGGGCGGCCAUUGUUUAUCUUGUAAUUCACCUUAAUGCAAUCAUUCCUAUCUUUAUCACGGCCUUCGCUCAAUAUUGGUUGCUACAUAUCCUGUCAGGAACCCAUACAACUGAACUGUUGAAUGUCAUGUAGCUGUGGGAUGAAGAUUUUCUGCCCUGCAUGGGUGUUCAACAUGCUGCUUUUAUUAAUACUACACUGAUGGUUCAAAGAGAGCUAAAAAAUUGGUGUUUGCUGAAGGGCCUAUAUAGUGCCAUUAUUUGCACCAGUAAUUAGAAGUACAUUGCAACAUGGUGCUUGAUGUAGUCAUCUUGGCUUGGGAGGACUGUUGCUACAUGUGAUAUGUAUCAUUGUGGCUUUCCAAGUCUGCUCUUUAAUGUGAUGGAUGUAUGCAUGUUGGCCGUUCGGAUUCAGAAGUACUCAUACAUGCUUUGUAAGUGUAUGUUUAGAUCAAUUUUCUUUGGUUAUUGAGGCACGUUUUUAUUGCUGUUAGAUAAGAGCAUUGUUUUUACUAAUGAGACGUGAAAAUUUUAGUAUAUCUUUUUACAGUGCUGAGGAUCAGUACUUUAUAUAAGUUUGUAUACUUUAUUCGGUUUACGUUAUGUAAACAUGUCGCUAAACAUAAUGGCAUCAUUGUCUAGCUGAUGGAUUGUUAUUCUGCAGAGCAUCUGUACUUUAUAGGAUGUACUUCAAUUUUGGCAGAAUAAGAAUUGUUGAUCCUUA